AUGGCAGGCUGCAGCCCUGAGGAGAAAACUUACCGGCGCUUCCUGGAGCUAUUCCUGGGCGAGUUUCGAGGACCGUGCGGCGGCGGCGAGCCGGAGCCGGAACCCGACCUCGAGUCCGAGCCAGAGCCCGAGCCUGAACUGGUAGCAGCUGAGGCGGCCGAGGCUUCAGUUGAGGAAACCGGGGAGGAGGCGGCCACGGUAGCCGCCACGGAGGAGAGGGAGCAGGAGCAAGACCCGGAGCCCGAGGAGGAGGCGGUGGAAGAGGAGGAGGCGGCGGCGGUAGAGGGCGAGGAGCAGGACGAGGCAGCGGCAGUAGUCCCGGGGCACUCGGCCGUGCCGCCCCCGCCGCAGCCCCAGCUGCCGCCGUUGCCCCCACUACCGCGGCCGCUGUCGGAGCGCAUCAUCCGCGAGGAGGUGGAAGGCGAGAGCCUGGACCUGUGCCUGCAGCAGCUCUACAAAUAUAAUUGCCCUUCCUUUUUGGCUGCUGCUUUAGCCAGAGCCACGUCAGACGAAGUCCUUCAGAGUGAUCUUUCUGCACAUUAUAUCCCAAAGGAAAUGGAUGGCACAGACGGGACUGUGGAGAUUGAGACAGUGAAAUUGGCCCGUUCUGUCUUCAGCAAACUACACGAGAUUUGCUGCAGCUGGGUGAAAGACUUCCCUCUCCGCAGGAGACCCCAGCUUUAUUAUGAGACAUCAAUCCAUGCCAUCAAAAACAUGCGCAGGAAAAUGGAGGACAAACAUGUCUGCAUUCCUGACUUUAAUAUGCUCUUCAACCUAGAGGACCAAGAAGAACAAGCUUACUUUGCAGUGUUUGAUGGCCACGGGGGAGUGGAUGCUGCCAUUUACGCCUCCGUUCACCUCCAUGUUAACUUAGUACGCCAGGAGAUGUUCCCCCACGAUCCUGCAGAGGCCCUGUGCCGGGCAUUCCGGGUCACUGAUGAGCGGUUUGUGCAGAAAGCAGCCAGGGAGAGCUUAAGAUGUGGGACCACAGGAGUGGUGACUUUCAUCAGAGGCAACAUGCUACAUGUGGCCUGGGUGGGCGAUUCCCAGGUUAUGCUUGUGAGAAAGGGCCAAGCUGUUGAACUAAUGAAGCCACAUAAACCAGACAGAGAGGAUGAAAAGCAGCGAAUUGAGGCCCUUGGAGGCUGUGUAGUCUGGUUUGGUGCCUGGAGGGUGAAUGGAAGUCUGUCGGUGUCCAGAGCUAUUGGAGAUGCUGAACAUAAGCCAUAUAUCUGUGGAGAUGCAGAUUCUGCCUCCACUGUUUUGGAUGGGACCGAAGACUACCUCAUUCUGGCCUGUGAUGGCUUCUACGACACGGUAAACCCUGACGAGGCAGUGAAAGUUGUGUCCGACCACUUGAAAGAGAAUAACGGAGACAGCAGCAUGGUUGCCCACAAAUUAGUGGCAUCAGCUCGUGAUGCCGGGUCAAGUGAUAACAUCACUGUUAUUGUGGUAUUCCUGAGGGACAUGAACAAAGCUGUAAAUGUUAGUGAGGAAUCAGAUUGGACAGAAAACUCUUUUCAAGGAGGGCAAGAAGAUGGUGGGGAUGAUAAGGAGAAUCAUGGAGAGUGCAAACGCCCUUGGCCUCAGCACCAGUGCUCAGCACCAGCCGAUCUAGGCUAUGAUGGGCGCGUGGAUUCAUUCACUGAUAGAACUAGCCUGAGCCCAGGGUCCCAAAUCAACGUGCUGGAAGACCCAGGCUACCUAGAUCUCACACAAAUAGAAGCAAGCAAACCUCACAGUGCCCAGUUUUUGCCACCAGUUGAGAUGUUUGGUCCUGGUGCACCAAAGAAAGCAAAUCUUACUAAAGAGCUAAUAAUGGAGAAAAAAUCAGUUCAAUCAUCAUUGCCUCAAUGGAGCGGUGCUGGAGAGUUUCCCGCUUCUUUCAAUUUGGGUUCAGCAGGGCAGCAGAUACACAGAAUGGAGCGCUUGUCUCCUGUCUUUUCUGGGUUGGAAAAUGAACAGUUCAAAUCCCUGGGAAACAGAGUUUCUAGAUUGGCUCAUUUUCACCACCACUACUCAAAGAGGCAGCAUGGAUUCAGGUUUAGUCCAAAGUUUUAUUCAUUUCUCUCUGCUCAAGAGCCUUCCCACAAAAUAGGCACUAGCCUAUCCUCACUUAUUCGAAGUGGGAAGAGAAAUAGGAUGUUAAGAAGUUCUCUGCCAUGGAGGCAAAAUAGCUGGAAAGGGUACAGUGAAAACAUGAUAAGGCAACUCAGAAAGAGUAAUGAUAUUCCAUACCCAGAUCUCCCCUGGAGCUAUAAAAUGUAA